AUGGCGCAUCUGUUUCGAGGCAAGCAGGCCGGCAUCCCCAAUGACCUCUCUACCGGAAUCUCCCCAGAAAUCUUCAUGCUUGACGAUUUCGCCCGCUAUGGCAUCAAUUCUCAGAUAUCCGUCAUGGCAUACGACCCCGUUCAAUCCCUCCUCGCUGUUGGUACCAACGAAUCCCGCUUUGGUCCUGGCAAAGUCUAUGUCUUUGGUCAGAAGCGAGUCUCCGUCGUCUUCACUCCUCCACGCCCCUCCUCCGUCCGAGAGCUCCAGUUCUGUGCAGACAAGUUGGUCAUGCUCGACUCCAAGAACGAUGUCAGCAUCUUCAGUCUCGAAACAAAACACAUGGUUGCCAAUUAUGCCCCACCGGGUCAUGUCACCGCAAUGCUCACAGACCCCAGCCUAGACUGGUGUCUGUCAGGCCUUCAGAACGGAGAUAUUGUCGCAUAUGAUCUCGACCGACAGUCCAUGGCUCCAUUCAAAAUCCCCAACCUGUGGAGAGAACGAAACCCGAGAGCUAGGAUCCUCCCAGUCGUCUCUUUGCAGCUUCAUCCCAAGGAUGUGGGCUCCCUCCUCAUCGGCUACUCCGAAGGCGCCGUUCUCUAUUCCUUCAAACAAAACAAACCCCUCAAGUUCUUCCAAUAUGACCUUCCUGCUGGUGCUCCUGGCGGAAACUCGGAUCCUGCCCUGGUCAACUCCAACAGAUCUCCCCGCCUGACACACGCCAUCUGGCAUCCAACGGGCACCUUUAUCCUCACCGCCCACGAUGAUUCAAGUCUCGUCUUCUGGGACCCUCGAGAUGGACGUGUGAUCCACGCCCGAACAAUUCAGGACUCCGAUAUCAAUAUGCCUCGCAGCUCCUCCAGAUCACACCCUGCCAAUCUUGCUGUCAAGGAACCCUUUGUGAAACUCGCCUGGUGCUCCAAGGAGAAUCCUGAUGACACAGGUCUACUGUUCGCCGGUGGCAUCCCCACCACCGCCCCGAACAAGGGCCUCACCUUUAUCGACCUUGGUGUCACCCCCAAUUACCAGACCUCGACAUGGGACUUUCUCGCCAAUCACUUUAGAAAUCCCAAGAGAAUUCACAUGCUACCAACUCCUCCCAAUACCACCGUCAACACUUUUCUGACCGUUCCUCGUACUUCUCCUCAUUUCGCUGGCGCUCAUGACCCCAUAGCCGUCCUGACCUCACUAUCCUCGGGAGAACUCCUAACAUUGAGCUUCCCUUCUGGCCACCCCAUCACCCCAAGCAAUCAACUACAUGUCUCCUUGACAUUCGUCCACCCUUUCGUCACCAAAAUUGCCCUCGCAUAUGUCGAUCGAACGAGGUGGCUGGGCAUGAGAGAGGUUCGACAACAUGGCCCCAAUUUUGUGACUGGUGGGGCUGAAGCGACACACUCACUCAAGCGACACGAGAACAGAAACGUCGUCCAAUUGGCUCAUGCCGAUGGUGUGAUCCGCGUCUGGGACGCUGGUCAUGGUGACGCCAUUGAGAACAGCGGCGUCAUUCAAGUUGAUCUUGGUCGGGCCGUUGGACGUUGGGACCAACUUGAUGUCGCUCAAAUGAGCAUGUCUGGUGCCACCGGUGAACUCUCCGUGGGCCUGAGAACUGGUGAAUUGGUCGUCUUUCGUCUGAAUCGUAAUCAGUCUGCAGGCCAGCCGCCUGCAGAGCCUGGUCAGAAUGAGGGCCCCGGACGAAUGACCGACAUAUCCAAACGUGCAGACCCCGGCUUGAAAGAAGGUCUCUUGCCCCUGACAUUGACCAAUGACCAGCAAGGCCCCGUCACAGCCUUGCGUCAUUCAGAUGUGGGAUUUGUCGCAGCUGGCUAUGCCGGUGGCGGCGUCACUCUAGUCGAUUUGCGUGGUCCGGCCAUAAUACAUACUGCCCUUCUCCAAGAUGUGGCAGGGGGCGGAAAGCAUAAGAGGGUUAGUAUCCACCAUCGAGGCAGUUCACAACCUCCCGCAUCGGAAUUUGCUACGUCAUUAGAAUUUGGCAUCAUGACCCUCGAAGGCGACGAUUACUCCUCAAUCGCCUUAUUCGUUGGAACAUCACGUGGACGUGUCGUCACAUUCAAGAUUUUGCCUUCGCAGACUGGCCGCUAUUCCGCACAAUUGGCUGGAGUUACUCAGAUCUCAGAAGAUAGAGUAAUCUCGCUGUGUCCGAUCGAUGCCAUCGCUGGAAGCUCAGUCACGGCCACCGGCCAAGCGAUGGGAGGGUUGCAGUCUGGUCGCAAGGUCGACGGUGUUUUGGUAGCCACAACCGCAUCGUCGGCUCACAUAUUCCGCCCUGCCAGCUCCAAAGGAGCCUCCAAAACCUUUGACAAUUAUUUUUGUGAUUCAGCCACUGUGGCACGAUAUGAAGAUCGUGGCUAUGCACUUGUUGGCCUCUUCGGUGAUGGAACAGCACGCGCAUUUUCUCUCCCAGCACUGAAGGAAAUCGGAAGCACCCGAGUCAAUCAUGUUCUCGAAGCAAACAGAUUUUCUGAAGCUAUUGUCACUCCGACUGGCGACAUUCUCGGCUGGGCCGGCCCGAGCGAAAUCGCCAUUAUUAACUGUUUUGGCGCUGGUUUGGCUCUUCCUCCGAGUCUCGAUCGACUUUAUGACCCUGCCAAAAUUGUCCCUCCGCGACCGACAAUCAGCAAUCUACAAUGGAUUGCAGGAACCCAAUACAUUACUCCGUCCGACAUGGAUCUACUAAUUGGCGGCCCCGACCGACCAAUGUCCAAGAGAAUGGUGGCUGAGAUGCGUGCCGCUCAAGAGGCCGAGUUUCAGCGACAGCGAGAAUCUGCACGUACAGGAAAAGCGCCGGCCCCUGAUCCUAACCAAGAGGGCUAUUGGGCUUACAUGCAACGGCAGAUCCAAGAGAGAACUGAGAAUCUCGGGCUGGCAGGUGACAGCAUGGAUCGCACAGCCGAAGCCAGUCAAUCUUGGAGCGAUGGCGUGAACAGUUAUAUCAAAAAACAGAAAAGACAGGCAGCUAUUGGCUUCAUUGGUUCGAAGUUUGGACUUUGA